GACCUGAGCCGAAGGCAGACGCUUAACGACUGAGCCACCCAGGCGCCACCCUAAAUUGCUUUUCUAAAAUGAAUACUAUACUAACCACUAUGGUUUAGGAUCUUUUGAUUUUGCCUUGGCAUAUCUACCCAGCCAUGUACCUUGUGAUGACUUAGUUUCUUCUGAACAGGAAGUGAGAUCCUAACCCUUGCUCUCCCAUAUUUAAAGGUCUUUUGGGAGUGAUCAGAGGAGUUCUUAUAAAGGUCUGGGGUCAUGCCAACCACUGAGGACUUGAGAUUAAAUUACCUUGAAGAGAUAUGAUCUAGGUUCCACACAAGGUUCUCAUCAAUUCUAGGGAAGUGUUGGCCUCAGUAGGACAUGACUGAGAGCUGUAUGUUCCUCUGGAUCCAGCCUUCUUGGCUGUGUGGUGGUUUUGUGGGAGACAAUGGUUGAACAUGAAUGUGAGAUAAAAGAGUUGUAAACUUGAGUCCCGUGUAGGGCAUUACAGUAGCAAAUGAGGACAUCCAGUAGUGGUGGACAAAUGAAACUAACGAAACCAAUCAAGGUAGUCUAAGAAAGGUAUGCAGGUAUGUAGGCUUCUAGGUGGGGCCUAGACUCACUUCGUCCUGCUACUGACCCUCCCUCCCCAUGCAAGGUGGUUCUCCCUACUAUGCAGGACCAAAAAGCACCGCCUUCUUGACAUCCUUAGGGUCUUCUGGGUGCACAAUAAGAUCACUACUCUAUUUCUCGACUUCCAUUCAUUCAGCAAACGUUUCGGAGGCUCCUCUGCUCUGCAGUCCCCACCCCGUCCAGGCCAGCCCUUAGCCUUGUUCAGAUCUCCCCACCAGACCGACUGCUCUUCCAGGCUCUGAAGAGACACCUCCAGAUGGGAAAUCUGCCAGGUGGGGCCCGGGCCUGUCUGGACGGGGAACAGGCUGCUGCCGCCUAGGGGAAGGAUGAUCUAUGCGGGAUCUAUUGCUCAUUGGCCUGGCUGGGCCCCGCCCCCUCAUCUGAUAGCCAAUGAAAUAGUACCCUGCUUCUUGCUUUAGUCUUAGGCUCCGCCUCCUGCUGGAGAUCAGGUGUAGAAGCUUCUUCUGGGUCUCUGGAGGCAGGGAAAGAAGCUAGCUACCGCUUCACCCGCCCUCCCUUUUCCUCAGAUGUGUCUCUCAGGAACUAGAAGGGGGUGGGAACCCCCGAGAUGUGGGGUCCUCCAAGUUUACUAGAGAGAAUUUCAGAAAAUGUACAGUGUGAUGACGUACUUACGGCGCAGCCCCUAUUUUCUUUAACGCGUGAGGGUUUAGUUUGUGAGGACCAGGAGUGGUGCCCCAAACCUGUUAGCUAGAAAGCUGUAGAGGCUGCCGGGAGCCCACGGUGAGCGGGUCUGGCUUGGCCUGAGCAGGAGGUGAAGGACUCCGCGGGAAAUGGGCGCAGUUACUGCUGCUACAGGGAUCCUCACCCAACCCCUUGAGCUCAACUCGAUUCCAUGGAGAGGGGGCGCUGACAGCCCCGGGACCCUGGUCUUGCCCGCUGGUUUCUCGUCCCCACGACAGCUUGUGGCCUGUUCAGAUUCUGGUACUGACACAGAUUCGAGUAUUGACACCGAGGUCCUCAAAAAGUUUUAAAGGUCUUCGCUCCAGGACAUGCUAUCAAUAGAGAACACGACUUCCCGGUCGCUCCAGCCCUCUCUUGUCCCAGCUGUGGAGACCUCAGCCCUGCCCCGCGGCCUGUGUAUGUCUUAAUGGUCUUUCUGCCUUUUCUGGUGGUCCUUCACUUACUUCACUUGCCUGGCCUGGUGUAAACCCAAUCUGGAAGCUGUCCAUAGAGCCAAGUUUUGGGAAUAUUGAAAUAGUUGGGUCUUUUUACCCCAAGAUGGAAGCUAUUUACUUCAUCCACAAAUGGGAGAACGUAGAGCCCUGGAUUUGGAUUGUCCCAUAUGAAUGUUUAAUCUAAAAAUCUCAUGACGGGGGCGCCUGGGUGGCUCAGUCGUUAAGCGUCUGCCUUCGGCUCAGGUCGUGAUCCCAGGGUCCUGGGAUCGAGCCCCACAUCGGGCUCCCUGCUCCGCGGGGAAGCCUGCUUCUCCCCUCCUUCUCCCCCUGCUUGUGUUCCCUCUCUCGCUAUGUCUCUCUCUGUCAAAUAAAUAAAUAAAAUCUUUAAAAAAAUAAAAUAAAAUAAAAUAAAAAAUAAAUAAAAAUCUCAUGACGAGUCCUAGCCACCAAGCACCUAAUAGGUGUCCAAUGUUUAGCAUACAGUUUCAUAUAUACAGUAUUGAAGAUACGAAGAGAUUUCUUAACCUUUUCACAUCCUUUGUCACUCUUCUCAUUACAUUCUCUUAACUUUCCCGUCAUUGUCAUAAUCUAAUUGUUAGGGUUCCUAACAAUCAGAUUAAAUAUUUGGUCCCUGCUGUUAGUGAAGUGUGUUGGGUUGUGAUUUAUUUUCAACUUGAGCUUGUUAUCUAUGCUUCAACUCCAUAGAUUUGGUUUUCCUCAUAGGCAAGUAGGAGGGAAUGUUUUGUUGGGUGGUCUCUGCUGUUGUUCUACUUCCAGAGGAUUUUCUUUUCACAGAUUGUCACCUGUGCAGAUCAGACCUUUCUGCUUCAAUCCUUUUGUUUCAGAUGCCAAUAUUAUUAAGUAUCCAUUGUAAGGGACAUUUAUUACAAAGAGAGGACGGCAGUAUGAUUUAAGGGAACUAGAGCACACAGCUACAAGGGGGACCUAUUUACUCAGUAUGAAUCACUUCUUUUUGUUACCCUGGGACAAAAACCAUCCAUGAAUUUAGCAGUAUUACUUGUGUGGGUUUGCAUUGUGUUUUCUUGUACCUCCUGCACUAAUACCUUCUCUUUUUCCUUAUUGGAUUCCCUAUAAUCGCCAAAAUAUGGUUUUUAGCCUCUCCUAACAGCUCUGUUUCUCUGAAAGCCUCAGCUUCGUCUACCUUCCUGGAUGACUUUCCGGAUUCACUAAGAAGGGUCAGUGGAGGAAUGGGCAGUGUACUGAGUAUCUAAAGUCUUUUGUCUGAUGCUAUUGUAGUACCUGAGACUUACAGCAAACUGCAGAAAUGGAGCUGAAAUGUAAGUUGUUUUUAAGGUCUAUAAGUGCAUUCACUUUUGUGCUUGUUAAAUAAUCCUGACCUGAUAGCAGCUAUUUGAAUUUCAGGUGUUACCUUUAAUGUGUAAACCUUGCUGAUUCACUCUACUGAAUGGCAGAAGGCUUACUUCUUAAUGAUGCACUAUUAACUGAUAUUAGAAAUGAAAUUGCUUUGCUUCUCUUAUACUAUAAUAUUUAGAACUUGGAGUAUUUGAGAUACGUCAUGAAGUUGAUGGAUCAUUUAAUAUGGUAGUAUGUUUCUUCUCACCAUCUACCCCCAACACUUACAAAACUGAAUGAAGAUCUUAUAAUCAAUCUGUGUAUUUAGAGGGAAAAAUAGUAGUGGAGAGACAUAAGGAUAUUCCUAAUAAACUCUUUCCAAAUUCUGUUCUGACUUAUUACUUAGGUAAUAAAACUGUCCUAUUCUAAUAUUUUAAAGAACAUAAGAGGAAAAACAGAUCUGGGGGAUCUUAUGGUGUUUGAUGGAUUCCUUGUAAAUAACUCAUUCCUAACUGUACUGUGUGGAUUCUAGAGAUCUUAACUGGAGCCCCAGCUUUCUUUUCAGCCUAUCACAUUCUAUUCACUAACCACUUUAGUUUCCUUUUCUGUCCUCUUUCCUAUGAUGUUUCUCUGGAUUACUGAAAGUUACAGAUUUCUCAGUCUACCUCCUCAUCACACAUUCUUGGGAUGAUUUUUUUUUAAAGAUUUUAUUUAUUUAUUUGAGAGAGAGAAUGAGAGAGAGCAGGGUCAGAGGGAGAAGCAGACUCCCCGCAGAGCAGGGAGCCCGAUGCAGGACUCGAUCCAGGGACUCCAGGAUCAUGACCUGAGCCGAAGGCAGUCGCUUAACCAACUGAGCCACCCAGGUGCCCCUCUUGGGAUGAUUUUUGUUUCCUUUCUGUGUUCCUCUCUAUGCCCACUAUUUCAUCACUGAGAUGAGAAUUGCCAUGAUACAAGGCAGUAACUGAUGAAUAGUAGUAGUUCACGUAGCCUCAAACAGGGGGGUCAGAUGUGUGUACAGGAGUUUUGGUCAGUAGGGUUACUGUUACUAAAGCUUCUUUCUUUAUCUUCAGCUCCUGAGACUUACUUUUCCCCAAGAUAAGAAUAAAAGAGGUCAGAUGAUGACAGCAAUAUCCUUAAAAGCCAGGCCCCAGUAGUGUCACUGACUUGCAAACCAGUUCUGAUCUCUCAGCUGGCGCAAAGGAGAGAGCUAUGUUUCACCCAGCCACAGGGAGCCCUAAGCAAGAAGAGCAGGAGAGCUGGCCCCAAAAGGUUAUUAGGCCCUCCCCUUUUUGGCCUGGUCACACCAAUCCAGCCCUACCUCUUGCCUCUCCCCAAAGGACUCUGGACUAGCCUGGAUGUGUCAAAUCCUGCCAGUCAGCCUUGAAGCUCAGUGCAUUGUGAGGGGAUUUCUGUCCACGACUGGUGAGAGAAAUUCAGGAUACUCAUUACUCUGAAUUCUCAGAAUCCAUCUUCAGAUCUUAAAUGGUGUGGUCAGCUAAACAGUAUCUCCUGAACUUGAAAGAAGUGUUCGGCAUUAGGAAGCAUGUUGAGCUGAUGCUGGCCUUCAUUCAUUCUCUACAUUGCUGCUUGGGUACAAGAACAAGGCAUCUUGGCUCUGGAGAAAGCUGCGUGGCAAGAGGCGGUGGGUGAUGGCAUUCUGCCUCUUGAUGACUCUGUCUGUGGUGACUGUCACCUGCUUCCUCCCACAGCAUCCAGCCACUGGCCCAGACCCGGGUCCCAUGGAGCCCCAGGAGGUCAUUGGAGCCCCUGGCCCCCACAGCCGGCAGGCUCUGAGCUCUAGCUGGAGGCAGCGGGCAAGAGACCUAGGGUUCUGGAAAGGCUGGCCCUUGCCUAGGAAUUCCAUCCCCGUGUGUGCUGAGGAGAAAGGCCACAGGGGGACAGUGGAAGGAAGCAGGAAGUCCCUGGGAGAGGACAGCAAGCAUCCAGGGAGGGUCAGGAGGGACAUUACUUCGGCCUCUCCAAGAAAUUUGAGACUCAGUACCUCGCGUCUUUUGCUCCUGAGGGACGAUGAGGUCAGGGCUCCAGGAAGCAAAGACUUGGGUACCCCCUGGCAUGACAGUCCCAUCGGAGAGGCACAGAAUGAGACUGGCACCCUGGCUGACCCCGUCACAGGACGUGGCAUGACAGCUUUACAGGCUUGGAGAGCUGCUGUUGGACUCACCCUCCGGCCCCACCCAGUGGAAAGCAAGAAUCUGCCGGGAGCUAGGAACGGAGCCUUAACUGGUAGGCGACAAGCAGGGCAUUCCACCCCAGUUACAGGGGCUCGUCGGUGGCCUGGCUCUGUUGCAGAGCUGCAAGAAUCUGUCUGGUGUGAUGCCGAGACCCCUGAGCUGUUGACCAGCUUGAGGACCGGUGGGCAGGCCCCCCCAUGGUUCACGGAGCACGAUGUGCAAACACUCCAGCUGCUGGCCCAGGGGGAGGUGGUGGGCAAAGCCAGGGUCCCUGGCCACGGGCAGGUGCUGCAGGUCGGCUUCUCCAGUGACGGUGCCCUUCGGAACAUGUCUUCCGGGCUCAGCCAUCUCUGCUCCCAGGGGCUCUGUGGCCUGAUCAAGAGGCCUGGGGACCUGCCGGAGGUCCUGUCCUUCCACGUGGACCGGGUGCUGGGGCUGCGCCGGAGCCUGCCUGCCGUGGCCCGGAACUUCCACAGCUCCUUGCUGCCCUACCGAUACACGGAUGGUAGCACCAGGCCCGUCGUCUGGUGGGCGCCUGAUGUGCAGCACCUGGGAGACCCAGAGGAUGACCAGAACUCUCUGUCCUUGGGCUGGCUGCAGUACCAGGCCUUGUUGGCACAUGGCUGUCGCUGGCCAAGCCAGGCCCCCUGCCUGGGCAUCCACCACACCGAGUGGGCACGCCUGGCGCUCUUCGACUUCCUGCUGCAGGUACAUGACCGCCUAGACCGCUCCUGCUGUGGCUUCGAGCCCGAGCCGUCGGACCCCUGCGUGGAAGAGAGGCUCCGAGAGAAAUGCCGCAACCCCGGCGAGCUGCGGCUGGUCCACAUCCUGGUCCGGAGCAGUGAUCCAUCCCAUCUGGUCUACAUCGAUAAUGCCGGCAACCUUCAGCAUCCUGAGGACAAGCUGAACUUUCGGCUGCUGGAGGGCAUCGCUGGGUUUCCUGAGUCUGCCCUGCAGGUUCUUGCCUCAGGGUGUCUGCAGAACAUGCUGCUCAAGUCCCUGUGGAUGGACCCCGUGUUCUGGGAGAGUCAGGGCGGGAGACAGGGACUGAAGCGGGUGCUCCGGACCCUGGAGCGGCGAGGCCAGGUGCUGCUGGAGCACGUCCGCAAGCACAACCUCACCCUCUUCAGGGAGGAGGCCUCGUGAGCUGCCUCGCUGGCGGGGCGCUCCCGGCACCACCUGACCAGGUGAGCACCCAUCCCGGUGGCCACAGUCUCUCGGGUUCCCCCAACUUGAAGACAAACGGGAAAAGCCAGAAGAAACCAGAGGAUACCGUGGAUGUCCCAGAUGUCCCACCUUCUUGGGACAGUGAAGGUGGUGGUGGGUGGUGGGUUUUCCAUCUUAACCACCCUCCUUUCCGCCUUUUCAGCUCUGGCUGUUUCCUCCCUUCCACCAAUAAAUAUAUUCAACAAUGUUCUAUGAACCGCUCCAGAUACUAUGAA